UUGGUAAAGGAACGAAUAAAAUAGAGAUGUAUUGUCUUUACACGGGAAGUUGUAAGGCCAGAAGGUUUGUCAUUUAUCGAGAGAUGAAGUACUUUGCGGUUAUCAUCGCCAUUCUGGCACUUUUACCACAGGAUGAAGCAACUUCGAUUGACGACUUUAAUACCACCGUAUCGGCACUCAGCGAAAUUAAAUUGUCCCUAGAAUUGUACAAGAAAAAUAUACCAGAAGAGGAGAGUCUCAGACUCGCAGCUGUGAUGAAUGCAGCUCAACAGACUGGCAUUGAUGUUCUAAUUGCAGCAAUUGAUAAUUGGGAAGACAAACAGUGCAAGGAGAUCUUGCUGAAGAAGGCUAAAGUCAUUAUGAAAAUGAUAAAUGAAGUCUUGACGAAAUGUUUCGAGGAGAACGAGCCACGUUGGGUGACCUACGCCUAUCAAAUUAAUCAAUUGAUUACUGUUGGCAAAGAUGUGGAGGCCAAGGCAGAUUUUUUGAAAGACUAUUGCUCCAAUUCUACUGAUGGCUUGGAGACAUGCUUGAACGAAAAUGUACUGUUCCUUAUGCGAAUGGUUGCUGCUUACCAGAAACUGGCUGGUGAAGUGAGGAUUAAGGUACAAGCAGAUGUCGGCAUGGGGUUCAUGCUGACUGGUGCAUGCCUCCAAAGAGUAACGGAAGAUAUUUUCACCGAGAUCAGAAAUAGAAUAGAUGAUAACGAGGUAGUGGAGUGUUUAACUGCCACGGGUGCACCUCAACUCAUCGAAUCAGCUUCGCUAAUGAAGAGAAGCUCAUUCUUUUAACCCAGCCUCAAAGCAAAUAAAAAUCCAAAUACCAUUUCAUCAGAUGUAUCUCGAGAAAAGUGUUAAUAAAAUUAAUCUAUUGAUA